AUGAUGCUGGGUGCAUCAGAGAGCGUGAGAAUCGUGGAAGUUGGCCCACGAGAUGGCCUCCAGAACAUCCGAGAGCAUAUUCCCACGUCGACAAAACUCGAGUUGAUCCAGAGGCUGGAGGAUGCAGGACUGACUGCUAUCGAGCUGACAUCACUGGUGUCUUCGAAAGCGAUCCCCCAGCUUGCGGAUGCACAGGAUGUCCUCGGAAGUCCUCAAAUUCAAAGAGCUUUACAGAAUCCUUUGCUCCGCCUUCCGGUACUCGUGCCCAACGUGCGAGGGCUGCAGACCGCCAUCAGAAACAAUGUAAAAGAGGUUGCGGUUUUUGUUAGUGCGACAGAGGGAUUCAGCAAAGCCAAUAUUAAUUGCUCUGUGGAGACUGGGCUUUCACGAGCGAGAGAGGUCAUUUCUCUGGCUUGCAGAUACAACAUCGCCGUUCGAGGCUAUGUAUCGUGCAUAUUCGAAGACCCAUAUGAAGGUCCUACAGACUCGGCAGCCGUCCUUCGAUGUAUCAAGUCACUUCUCGAUGCAGGCUGCUACGAAGUGAGCCUCGGUGACACCACCGGCAUAGGGCGCCCGACUGACGUUCAACGCCUUCUUGACUAUCUCGUUGGGAAUGGCGUGCCGCUCAAAAAGCUCGCGGGUCAUUUUCACGACACCCGUGGGCAAGCAGCCGCCAACGCAUGGGAAGCAUACCGUCGAGGUAUACGGGUGUUCGACAGUAGCGUUGGUGGACUGGGAGGGUGCCCUUUCGCGCCGGGUGCAAAGGGCAAUGUGGCUACAGAAGACUUGGUCCACAUGUUUCACAGCGCAGGUAUCGAGACGGGCGUUGAUCUACCGAGGCUGAUCGAAACUGCGCAAUGGAUUUCGCACAAGCUGGGCAAGUCCUACUCCGGUCGUGUUGACACCGCACUUGCUAUCAAGAAAGCAAAGGCAUCCUGUGACCAAAGGAAGACACCGCGCAUUUCCGAUUACGGAACGGAGGGCCGUUGGCUUUACCAUGCAAACCUGAGUUUCAAGAUGUCUCCAUUCCGGUGGAGCUUACAGUACCAAGGAGGUGUAGGCUUGGAGGAAAGUCGCUCAGGGUGUUUGGAUAUACGACGGAAAAGUCGAAACUUCUAG